AGGGCUUUGCUUCAAGCUCUCUGCUUAGUCUUGGUUGUGCACAUGUUUUCUAUGACGUCGCUCGUUAUCUUCGUCUAUAUCGUUCAUACAGUUCACAGCCUACCGUUUGGUUGGCUAGUCCAGCUUUUUAUACUUCUUUACAUAACGGCAACUGACAGUUAGUAUAUCUUCCGAGCUCCCCGGCGGCCGAUGUUUACUUCAACGCUCGUAUAGUUAUAGACUGGUUUACAACCACGACUUAUUGUCUGCUCAGCUAUUGCGGUCUCAACCUGGAUCAACGGCAAGAGCUUCCUCGCCGGGAAACUCUGAUGAAGCAAGCGAGGGAGCUGUACAACUUCUGCUCUACCUUUGUACCUCGACUAUUGUUUUUUUAUUCUGUUUGCUUUAUAAUGGUUCCCUUUGGGAUCGCAGUCUCUUCAUUCUGGAUGGCUGUUUUUGACGAACUUUUUGCCUGGAUUAACGGCCACGACUUUCACCUGUACAUCCACUUGUGGGCAUGGCUAGUACUACUGUUCUUUGCUACGAUUCAACCUCCCUACAUAAACGUCGUAUUGGGGGUUUACCGGCGCUUUCUAGCCCUUGCAGUCGUCUACACUUUCUACACCUUUUCUCACAAUCCGGCACGGGCGGUAGUAUAUUCUGUAAUCCUCUAUGGAUACGUUACAUCUCCUGGACGGUGGGGAUUAAUCAAUAUCGUAGGCGUUGUUUCGGCUAUUUAUGCUGUAAAUUAUUUUCACAAUUAAUUAUUAAUACUACUUUUUGAACUUCA